AUGCAGACGGAUGCUUGUCUACUGGGGGUUCUGGACGCCGUGUUUGAUUGUGAACCACCCGGAUACGAUGAAGGACGUCUUGAAGAGCUCGACUAUUUCUCGGCGGCCGGCUGGCAGGACUGGCUACCACAUUUUAGGGGAAUGGCUUGGACGACUGAUAUUGUUUUGCAAAAGCUGUCAAUCAAAGCUGACUCUGCCACGCCCUUCGACGUGAGUCACCUGAUGUUCAAUCUAUCAGGUGACAUCAUAUACCGAGUGGCGCUUUCUCAUGAGCUUGGGUGCCAGGAAGGGGGUUCCCCAGUUCUUAAGUCACUUAAUAUUCUCACUGAAAUCGGGACUUCUAGGAUCUUGAAUCCAAUCAUGGCGAACGAUUUCAUCUUCCGGAUGACGUCACAAUACAACAUGUGGAAAGAAGCGCUAGAAGUUGUGAAUAGUCUAUCUGAAAAACUCAUACGGGAACGGAAGCGAAUGCACGAAGAAACAUCAUGUGAGACUGCGACGAAGUCACGUGACCUGCUUGAUACACUAAUUCUCUCGACCUACUCUGAUGAUAAAAGAUUAUCGCAUCGAGAGAUUCGAGAUGAGGUGAAUACGUGCAUUUUCGGUGGCGUAGAUACCACUGGUAGCGCCCUCACGUGGUUCUUCAUGGACAUGGCCAAGCAUCCUGAACAUCAGACGAAGGUCCAGGAGGAGAUAGACGAUGCCCUGGGUGAUCAUCCAGAGGACUACAUUGACAGGUAUACCUUGAUGAAAUCAUAA